GAAUGGAAAGAGCCACUGACAUCAACACCAUAAAAGAAAAUGGCGUAUUUCGUGCAGUUCUGCACUUCGCAAAGAAUCUGAAGAUUGAUCUUAGAUGUCAGCACGGACUCUCUAUAGAAAGUGAGCUGAUCAGAGAAGAACAUCGUACCUGACAAAGAACAGGCAUCAAAUCUGCUCACCAUGGAUUCCGAUCGCAUGGACGCAGAAAAUCGGCUACUCGCGGACGACCUUUCAAAAAAAGUGUCGCAUUUGAAAAGUCUUGCUUACGAUAUCGAAGUGGAAACCAAAGAGCACAACCGUUUGCUUGAUAGUUUGGGCUGGGAUUUUGAAGGCUCCCGUGGCAUUCUCUCUGGAAGUAUGGGCCGAGUCGGCAAGCUCCUGGGUUCUAACAAAGGCAACAGAAGGCUCAUGUGCUAUGUUAUUGUCACAGUGGUAGCGCUCGUCCUCUUAGGUUACACUUUAGCCAGUCGAGCGACUAAACGCUGAAAAUGUGCUUGAAACACUCUUACGAGUGAUGUACUAGAUAUGCAUCAUUGUGAAACUGUGCUAAAUGAGCGAACAUUUCACUGCAGGCUCAGUGGGUGCACGUGCAAAUGACAUGUAGCUUCGAUCAUUAUGUGGGUAUAUAUAUAUAUAUUAGUUUUUGCUGCAUACAUAUGUUCUCCAUCUCCUAGAUAUUUGGUGAGACUAUUUCACUGUCUUGUGUAGACCAUAUUAAGAUGCAAGAGGGGAGGGAAUCGUCUGUCCCAGGGAAGAAACGUCUGUCCUAAUUGACUUUCAUCUGAUCUUCUAAUGGACUAAUCUUCUCAUAUUCCUCCAAAGUACGAUCGUACGAUCGUAAUUCUAUGAUGUGCAUCUUUUUCUUCACCAAAGCUGAAUCACAUUCAUGACCCCACCAACACUUCCCCCCCCACAAGUACAGUUUUGACCGGGAUUGCCACUGAAGGGAUAUUCAAAUCUGAAUCAUCUUGCACAUAUAUUUGUCUUUGUUCUGCUCCAGUGUCCUAGCAACAUUCCUGGCAACAUCCUUCUCCCGAUAUUUUCUGUUUGUUGCGUAUAGUAAUGUGCACACCGCAUAUGAGUGGCAUGUGCAUUUGUGUCGUGUGGCACACAGAAUAUUCUUCGCUCCUUCUCUGUUUCUCUUGCGUUGCUCUUUGGUCCUCAGAAGCAAGGUUUUGCACAUCUUCAAUAGGAAAUAAUAAAGUGGUUUGAACACAA